AUGUCUCGGAGGAAGCAAGCCAAGCCCCAGCACCUGCGCGCCGACGGCGACCCCCGGCCGCCCGGCGGCCCGGCCGACGAGCGCGCGCCCGGGCAAGGCACCGACGACUGCGACAGCGGGAACGAGAGCCGGAGCGGCAGCGAAGAGACCAGCGUCUGCGGGGAGUGCUGCGCCGAAUUCUUCAAGUGGACCGACUUUCUGGAGCACAAGAAGAGCUGCACCAAGCAGCCCCUGGUCCUGAUCGUCAACGAGGAUGCGGCCACGCCCCCGUCCGACCGCGGCCCCGAGCCCUCCCCGGCCGCGUCGCCCAGCGACCGGGCCGACAGCGAGGCGGCCGAGGACGGCGUCCAGGCCGGCGGUGGCGGCGAGGCCGGAGAGGCCAAGGCGGCCGACAAGGGCGAGGAGGAGGAGGAGGAGGAGCCCAUGGAGGUGGAGGCCUGCGCAGACAGAAGCCGCCCGAGUCCGGGCCCCUCGGCGCCGGCCCCUCCGCUCCCUCCACCCCCCGACCCAUCGCCCGGGCCCGCCUACGGCAUGCCCAGCACCAACGUGACGUUGGAGACCCUGCUGAGCACCAAAGUGGCCGUGGCCCAGUUCUCGCAGGGCGCCCGCUCAUCCGGGGUCCCGGGCGCGGGCAGCGGGGUGGCCGCCGUGGCCAUCCCCAUGAUCCUGGAGCAGCUGGUGGCUCUGCAGCAGCAGCAGGUGCACCAGCUCCAGCUCAUCGAGCAGAUCCGUAGCCAGGUGGCCCUGAUGAGCCGGCAGCCCCUGCGGCCCGCCCCGCACCCGGGGGCCGUCCCCGGAGCCCCCGCCCCGGCCGCCACCCAGCUCCCCGGCUUCGUGGCCCGCGCUGGGCUCCAGCUGGCCACAGUGGUCCCCCUGGCAGGGGCCGCGGGACAGGUGGCAAGCAACCCACCCUCCGCCUUCGACGGCCCCCAGCCCGGGCCGCAGCCCACGUCGGGCCCGGCCACCCCCAACGUCCCCGGCACCGGCCCGUCGGCCCCCGCCGAGCCCGGCCCGGCCACCGCCGCAGCCUCUCAGGCGGUUCCCGGUGCGGGGGCCCCCGCCCCGGCGCCGAACCCCGCCAACGUUUCGACCCGGUCCCCCGGUGCUCCCACCCCACCCACCCUGGGGCCCAGCGGGCUCCUCCCUCCGGCCCCCGGCCUGCCAAACCCUCUUCUACCUCAGACCUCGUCCAGCAGCGUCAUCUUUCCCAACCCGCUGGUCAGCAUCGCGGCCACGGCCAACGCCCUGGACCCCCUGUCCGCCCUGAUGAAGCACCGCAAGGGGAAGCCCCCCAACGUGUCCGUGUUUGAGCCCAAGCCGAGCGCCGAGGACCCCUUCUUCAAGCACAAGUGUCGGUUCUGCGCCAAGGUGUUCGGGAGCGACAGCGCCCUGCAGAUCCACCUGCGCUCCCACACGGGAGAGCGCCCCUUCAAGUGCAACAUCUGCGGGAACCGCUUUUCCACGAAAGGCAACCUGAAGGUGCACUUCCAGCGGCACAAGGAGAAGUACCCCCACAUCCAGAUGAACCCCUACCCGGUCCCGGAGUACUUGGACAAUGUGCCCACCUGCUCGGGCAUCCCGUACGGCAUGUCUCUGCCUCCCGAGAAGCCGGUCGCCACCUGGCUGGACAGCAAGCCGGUGCUGCCCACGGGCCCCGCGGCCUCCGCCGCCGGGCUCCAGCUCCCCGCCACGGUCCCCGGCCCCGCGGCCUACGGCGACUCCCCGAGCAUCACCCCCGGGAGCCGCUCCCCUCAGCGGCCCUCGCCCACCUCCAGCCACUGCGCCUCGCCGUCCCCGGGCCUCAAUGGGUCCGAGCCUGGGGCGGCCCGGGCGGCCGAGUCCCCCCGGCCGGCCCCCAGCGGCCCGGCCCCCAGCGGCCUGGCCCCCGGGCCCGCGCGGGCCGGCGAUCCCCCGGCCCCCGCGGCCCUCGCGGCCCCCGUGGCCUCCGCGGCCUCUGUCUCCCUGGCCCCACCGGCGGGCCCGGACGGCGGGGGUGGCGGGGCACCUGCCAUCCCGGCCCUCAGCGACCAGUUUAAAGCCAAGUUUCCCUUUGGGGGUCUGCUCGAUUCUAUGCAAACAUCAGAAACCUCCAAGCUGCAACAGUUAGUCGAGAACAUUGACAAGAAGAUGACGGAUCCGAAUCAAUGUGUCAUUUGUCACCGGGUGCUUAGUUGUCAGAGUGCUCUCAAGAUGCAUUACCGAACACAUACAGGAGAAAGACCAUUUAAAUGCAAAAUUUGCGGACGUGCCUUCACUACAAAAGGCAAUCUGAAAACACACUUUGGAGUUCAUCGAGCCAAGCCGCCGCUCAGAGUACAGCAUUCGUGUCCCAUUUGUCAAAAGAAAUUUACCAACGCCGUGGUGCUCCAGCAGCACAUUCGCAUGCACAUGGGCGGCCAGAUCCCCAACACGCCUCUGCCCGAGGGCUUCCGGGACGCCAUGGACGCCGAGCUGCCCUACGACGACAAGAGCGCCGAGACCCUGAGCAGCUACGACGAGGACGCCAACGACAACUCCAUGGAGGAGGACGCCGAGUUCAAGGACCCGGCCGGCGACCCGGCCAAGCCGCUGCUGUCCUUCGCGGGGUCCUGCCCGCCCUCGCCGCCCUCGGUCAUCUCCAGCAUCGCCGCCCUGGAGCACCAGAUGAAGAUGAUGGACUCGGUGAUGAGCUGCCCGCAGCUGGCCGGCCCCAAGUCGGCGGAGAACGGGUCGGGGGAGAGCGACCGCUUGAGCAACGACUCCUCGUCGGCCGUCGGGGACCUGGAGAGCCGGAGCCCGGGCAGCCCCGCCACGUCCUCCUCCUCCUCCUCCUCCUCCUCCUCCUCCACCCGGGCCCCGUCGCCGGCUCACAGCCACGGGGAUAGCUUCCGGUCCAAGUCCCCGGGGCCUAGCCACCAGGACGAGCCGCGGGCGGUCUCCCUGAAGACCGAGAGGCCCGACAGCCCCACCCCAGCCCCAGAAAACGGGGGGGCCCUGGACCUCACCGCCGCCGCCGUCGCCGUGCCCCUCGGUAGGGCGGUCAUCAAGGAGGAGGACCCCUUUAGCCUGCUGUUCCUGAGCAGAGAUCGGGGUAAGUGUCAAAGCACGGUGUGUGGUGUCUGUGGCAAGCCAUUUGCUUGUAAAAGCGCUCUGGACAUCCACUAUCGCAGCCAUACCAAAGAGCGUCCCUUUGUCUGUACAGUCUGCAGGCGGGGGUGUUCCACUAUGGGUAAUUUAAAGCAGCACGUGCUAACGCACAGGUUGAGAGAGCUGCCUUCUCAGUUGUUUGAACCCAACUUUGCUCUAGGUCCCGGCCAGGGCACUCCUAGCCUGACCGCCAGCGGCGCGCCUCCCUUGAUCAAAAAGGAAGUGAACGGCCACAGCAAGCCGGCCUCGCUGGGGGACGGCUCCCUGCUGCCCGCCGGGAUCCAGGGUCCCGCCGGGCCCCAGACGGUGAUGAGCCCAGGCAUCUCGCCCAUGCUGGCGCCCCCGCCCCGCCGGACGCCUAAGCAGCACAACUGCCAGUCCUGCGGCAAGACCUUCUCCUCCGCCAGUGCCCUCCAGAUCCACGAGCGCACCCACACCGGCGAAAAGCCAUUCGGUUGCACCAUCUGUGGUAGAGCUUUCACCACAAAGGGGAACCUCAAGGUUCACAUGGGCACGCACAUGUGGAAUAACGCCCCUGCCCGGCGAGGCCGCCGGCUGUCGGUGGAAAACCCCAUGGCACUCUUAGGCGGGGACGCGCUCAAGUUUUCUGAAAUGUUCCAGAAGGAUCUGGCGGCCCGGGCGAUGAACGUGGACCCGAACUUUUGGAACCAGUAUGCGGCCGCCAUCACCAACGGGCUGGCCAUGAAGAACAACGAGAUCUCCGUCAUCCAGAAUGGGGGCAUCCCCCAGCUCCCGGUGAGCCUGGGCGGAAGCGCCAUCCCCCCGCUGGGCAACAUCUCCAGUGGCAUGGGCAAGGCCCGCACCAGCAGCAGCCCCCCGGCGAUCGGCCCGGACAAGGCCGGCCCCGAGGCGGGGGCCGGGCGGCCGUUCACCAGGUUCCUAGAGGACAAUAAAGAGAUCGGGAUAAACUGACGGCGAUGGAUGGCGCGGGCGGGAGGUCAGCGUGGGCGAUGGUCGGCCACUCCUCACCCGGGGCGGGGGAGCUCCGGCUCCCGUCCAGAUUCCGAAGAUUGACCGCUAGCCUUCCCAUCUUGGGACCCAGGCUGCCGGGCCACCCGGCCCCCGGAGCAGAAAUGCCCUGACGGCGAUGCUGCUGAAAAUUUGUCUUGCAAGAGGUGCAUGGAACUCCUUUCAACAGUGAGUCUGACUGUUCUCGCGAACUCCGAAACCUUUUCCGCUUGCGUUCCCAGAGAGAGCGUUGGAAAAUCGCGCUCGGAAUUGGAAGGGGGCUGAGGCACAUCCACUUUGAUUUUUACAAAACUUGACGAUCGA